AUGUGGCAGAAGGUGUUUGGUCACUCACACAUUGGUCAUUUGGGUAUGCCCCAAUACAGCUAUCGUCCCCUAGCCAAGGGCUCCAACAAGAUUCGCCUCGUCCGUCUAUUGCCGCAUGAAGAUAAGACUGCUCGCGUAGCAUGCGAGCUCAUAGAAUACACUCUGACAGAUACCGCGGGACAGCACCCAUAUGAAGCCCUAUCUUAUGUCUGGGGUAGUAGGGAUGAUUCGCAAUAUGAUAUAUUUAUAGACAGUAGGGUUUUUCACGUCACCCGGAACCUCCAUACAGUGCUCUUGCGUCUAAGAAACCACAAUGUGGCACGGCUGUUAUGGAUUGAUGCCAUCUGUAUCAAUCAAAAAGACGACCAGGAGAAAUCUCACCAAAUCCAGUUGAUGCGAACAAUCUACGGUGAAGCUGGGCGAGUCAUAGUUUGGCUUGGAGAGGAGGCGGAUCAAAGCAGCGACGCACUCGAAGCCAUUCGUAAAGCUGCAGAAAAUGAUUCAUCAGACCCUUUGCCGAAAAGCUACUCCCGUGACAGGCCAGACAGAGAAAAGCAUUUUUCUUCCUCUCUGGCGCUGGUGCAACGCCCUUGGUUUCAACGAAUCUGGGUACUCCAGGAGGUGGCCCUAGCCCGGGAUAUUGUAGUCAUGUGUGGCUCUGUGGAGAUGAAUGGAUACGCAUUUAUCUCGGGCUUGCAGAGCUUAGAAGUUCUUCGCACAGCUCACCCUAGGCUCCAAGGCUUGGUGCAGUCAGCGUAUCACCUGAUUAAAGAUGCAGUUUUCCGGCCUAGCUAUCGAUUCAACACUCGUGGCACACUGUCCAUAGGUGAGCUGAUUGACAUGUACCAUACGCGCCAUGCCUCCUGCUUGCAUGAUAAGGUAUACGCAUUGCUCGGCAUGUGUUCCGAUGACCCGGACACAGAGGCUCUGAUACCAGAUUACCAGCUCCCAUGGAAUAAGGUCUUUGAGCGCGUGAUCAAGUAUAUUAUCUCGCCAGAGGUUUCCGUCAAGACGUGGCCUGACCGGGAGGCAGCAAUUAUUAGAGGCAAGGGCUAUUUGCUAGGAGUAAUCAAGUCGGUUACAACACCGGGAUCACGAUAUGAUAGACAAGAGGUCAAAGUGCUAUUCCGCGAUACAGUAGAGGCGCUGUAUUAUUUGAUGACUUCAGGUGUACAAUGGCUUCUCCAAACUCCGGCGGAGCAAUUCGCGCGGGUGACAUUGUCUGCCUGCUCCAGAGAGCUUCAGCUCCCAGUAUUGGAAAUGAUUGCAGAUGGGCCUCCUUCAGAAGGGAGCGUUCUUCAUGACCUUGUUCUCCACUGGGAUUGGGCUUCCACAUUGGACGGUCCAAAAGCAAAGAAUCAAGCAACAGUUCCUCGGGAGCCACACAGCUCAGAAUCUUCGACUUCGACUACGAGAUUUCAGAUUGAGAAUAAUCUACACAGCUCCACUUCAGUGCUGCAUGACAUCCUGACAAUAGCAGUUCCGUCGAAGUAUAUUGUGCUGACCUCAGACUUUCGCGGCAUUGGGAGAGCACCAGAUGGGGCUUCGGUGAUGAAAGCUCUUCUGGAUCAAGCGGGUGACAUCCUACCUGUCACCGAAGACAUAGUUAGGAGAACAGCAGGUCACCACGACUUAGGAGCUGAUUUGCUGAAGAUCCUAUUCGAGCACAAAGGGAGCGCACUUCCCAUUACAGAACAAGUUGUUAGGGCUGCGGCAGGGAAUCCUCAUGGGCACUCUGUGAUGGAGCUUCUUCUCGAGCUGAGAGGGGACAGUCUUCCUGUUACGGAGGAGGUUAUUAAGUUGGCCGCGGGUAACACUGGGAAGGGGCUCACAAUACUGGAGACUCUCUUUAGCGCGAGAGGGGAGGAUUUGGCUAUCACCGAAAAUAUUGUUAUAGCUGCAGCGGGAAAUAGUACCGAAGGAGCUUCGAUUAUCAAGUUUCUGUUUGAACAGAGGGGGGAGAGUCUACCAAUCACAGAAGCGGUACUCAUAGCAGCAGCUACAAACCCUGGCCUAGGUGCAGCAAGUUCGAUACUACGCCAUAUCUUGAAGAAUAGGGGGGAAAGGCUGCCUCUCACAGAAGGUGUUGUUGAAGCAGUCAUGGGAAAUUCUUCUCAUAUAAGAACAUCAACACUGCUGCAACUACUGGGGAAAAACAGAGAUAACCGAGUCUAUGACUUGUCUACCAUGCAGCGUCUAUUUCAGAACUUAACACAGAUAGCAUAG